AUGGAGCUGGAUUUGGAUACAGAUCAACUUCCUGUUGAACGUACAUUAGGACUACAGUGGUACGUUGAGACUGACCAUUUUGGAUUUAAGACCUCAGCAAAGGAGCAGCCACAGACGAGAAGAGGAAUUCUUUCGGUGGUCAGCUCCCUGUACGACCCAUUGGGCUUCCUUGCGCCAUUCAGCAUGAUGGCUAAGAUGUUACUGCAGGAACUCUGUAAAAGAAACCUCGGAUGGGACGAAGAUAUUCCCCAUGUUCUCGCUAAGCAAUGGGCUGGCUGGUUGGAAGAUCUCCACAAGGUGGCAGAAUUCAAGAUUGAUCGUUGCAUCAAGCCUAAAGACUUUGGCAACCCUGUCACUGUACAGCUUCACCACUUCUCUGACGCCAGUGAGGUCGGGUAUGGAGCUGUCUCUUACUUAAGACUGGAAAGGGACAAUAAGGUGCAUGUUGCAUUUAUGAUGGGGAAGGCCAGAGUUGCUCCGCUCAAGCAGACGACAAUUCCUCGCUUGGAGCUAACAGCUGCAGUCCUCGCUGUAAGAGUGGACCGAAUGCUACAGAAGGAGUUGCAACUCAAGCUGGAAAAGUCAGUUUUCUGGACCGACAGCACAACAGUCCUUAAAUACAUUUCAAAUGAAAGCCGGCGAUUCCAUACCUUUGUGGCCAACAGAGUAGCAGUCAUCAGAGAGGCAACUGACGUUGACCAGUGGAGGUAUGUGGGGACAAAGGAAAAUCCAGCCGAUGAUGCUUCAAGAGGGAUGAGGGCAGAAGACCUCCUGAACAGAAGGAGAUGGAUGAUGGGACCUGAUUUCCUCUACAAGGCCAAGGAUGAGUGGCCUAAGUUAGAUGUAGACCUUCAGGUGAUUCCUGGCGCUGAUCCUGAAAUCAAAAGGGACUUGAUGAUUGGACACGUGCUGAACAUCGACGACAACCCUGGCUGA